AUGCAGGACGUGAACCAGCGCGCGCUGCUGCGCCGCUACGAGGCGGAGCUGCAGCGGCUGCGGGCGGAGCUGCACGAGCAGCGCGAGGGCAGCGUGGACCUGCGCCACCUCCAGGAGCUGGAGGAGUGCGCGCGCCGCGCUGAAGCGGACCGCAACGCCGCCGUCUCGGCGCUCCAGGAGCGCGGCCUCGAGCUGCAGCACGAGGUGGCCCAGAAGCAGCAGCUCGAGGAGUGCGUCCGCCAACUGUCCAGGGAGCACCCAGCCAGCGCGGGCGGGUGGCCGCCCGUGGCGGCGUCCAGCGGCGGCCUGGCGCUGCUGCCGCCCCACUUGGCACAGGAGUGGGGCCCUCUGCCGGAUUCUGGGGGCGGGCCCGCAGAAGCCGAACGGGAGCGGUCUGCGGUGGAAGACGACAAGGCCCAGGCUGGCAGGUACAAGCAGCUGCUCUUCAAGCAACGGGACAUCAUGACCGCGCUCACGCAGAGGAUCGUCCUGCCGCUGCUCGCGCUCGCCGCGGCGGCGGCGCUGGCGGCCGGCGCGCUCGUCGCCUUCGCCGGCCCGGCCCCCGCGAGGGGCGUGGCCGCGGCGGCGCCCGGCCGCCACGCCCGCGCCCACGGGGGCCCGAGGGGCGGCCGGGCGGCGGCGGUCGCCGUGGCCGCCAGGGGCGGGGGCGCCGCCACGGACGAGGCCGACUCCGUGGAGGUGAGCGGCUUCUCGGCGAUCGUCGUCGGGGUGGGGCUGGCCCCGCAUGUGCUCUUCGCGCUGUACAAGUCCUUCGCCGUCCUCACCAAGGGCGAGGCCUUUUCGUACGGGCCCUACGGCCUGGAGCUCGUGGCCUGCCUGACCUGCGUGGGGCUCACCUUCUGGUCGCUGGGCAGCUUCGUGGCCCGCGGCAGGGGCCUCCCCGCGGGGCCCCUGGGCCUCCUCGGCCUGUCCGAGGGGCUGUCCUACCUCGGCACCCUGGGCCUCGCCGUGUCGCUCUUCUCGGGCUACGUGAAGCAGAACGGCAUGCCCACCGUGCCCAGCGUCUCCAUGCCCUCCAUGCCGAAGGACGUCGCGAUGCCCAGCUUCAAGGCCCCAGACAUCAAGGUGCCAGACUUCAAGGCUCCCGAUUUCAAGGUCCCCGACGUCAAGGCUCCCGACUUCAAGAUCCCCGAGUUCAAGGCCCCGGACAUCAAGGUCCCCGAGUUCAAGGCCCCCGAGCUCCCUGCUGCGCCAAAGGCGGAGGAGAAGAAGGAGGCCAAGACAGACGAUUCUGAGGCCAAGGCCAAGGCAGAGGCAGAGGCCAAGAAGAAGGCCGACGAGGCCAAGGCGGCGGAGGAGAAGAAGAAAGCCGAGGAGAAGAAGAAGGCGGAGGAGAAGGCGCAGGCCGAGGCCAAGGCGAAGGAGGCGGCCGAGGCCAAGAAGAGGGAGGAGGCCAAGGCGAGGGAGGAGGCCGAGGCCAAGAAGAGCGCCGAGGCCAAGCCCGCCGCCGAGGCCCCCAAGAAGACAGCCGCGGCCGCCCCAGACUUCGCAGACCUCUUCGACUGA